AUGGAGAAAAAACGCCACGAAGGCGGUAGCGAAGCGGGACGUGAUAGUUGUUUGCAAGUCAGAAACAGCACCAACGAGAACCAGAGCGCGGGGCAAAGACCACACGCGGCGUCUCCUCAGCAACCGACGGAGACGACGAGUUCAAAAAAGGCGACGAGAACGUUUCCUUCGUCGCCGAACAAAGUCUCGUCGUCUGUUGCGUCUGCUGGUCACGAGCAAAGGUCACUCGACGAUCGAAUGAGCGACAUUGGUGGUACUCUGCAAACGUUGUUUACCCCUGAUGAACGCGAGGAAAACGACAGAAGAGAAGAGAACGACGACUUUCGCACACCAACGACGACGACGACGGCAACGCAGCGAGGGCGAGGAGUAGACAAAGAAAAUUUUGAAAUUUUCAAAUCCUUUACGGAAGGACCUCCAACUGUAGGGUUUAAGAGGAAAAAAACAAAUCUCUCAUCUUCCCGCAAAACACCACAACUCACAAAACCAUCGUCGCCUCUCUCUCUCGGUGGUAGUGGCGGUGGUGGUUUUACCUCUGCUCUCGCUGCCGCGAGGGGCGACGGUGGUGGCGUCGUCGACGGGUUUGGCGACGAGGGAGGGAAUCGUGGUCCUUUGCAGCGAUUCAUCGUAUCGCAAUAUGAUAAAAAUCAGAAGUUUUUGCGUUGCUUGCACAUCGAUCGAGUUGGGGAACAGUGCACCUUCCGCGCUACAACGUACGCUCCCGGGUCAGACCAAAAGAAAGAUGUGGACAGUUGCCCGAAGCACGCCGGGCUGAAAAUUGAAUUUGUUUCUUGUCUUUGCACGUUCUUCGACGAAAGCACGGGCAAGCAGUGCCCGAUACGAGCGAAUUUUGGCUUGCCUUCGAGGAAGGAAAAGGUGUACUGUUCAACGCACGCCAAAGUAAAGAACGGUACGUUGCGCGAUGACGAGGAGAAGUACGUCGACGUCGUUAAUAAAAAGUGCACGUUCUUCGACGAAAGCACGGGCGAGCAGUGCCAGAUACAAGCGGUUUUUGGCUUGCCUUCGAGGAAGGAAAAGGUGUACUGUUCAACGCACGCCAAAGUAAAGAACGGUACGUUGCGCGAUGACGAGGAGAAGUACGUCGACGUCGUUAGUAAAACGUGCACGUUCUUCGACGAAAGCACGGGCGAGCAGUGCCAGAUACAAGCGGUUUUUGGCUUGCCUUCGAGGAAGGAAAAGGUGUACUGUUCAACGCACGCCAAAGUAAAGAACGGUACGUUGCGCGAUGACGAGGAGAAGUACGUGGCCCUUUACAUUAAAACUUGCGAGAUUUGCGGGGUGAUGCCGGGGUACUACAAAAUCGCAGGCAGCGUUUUGGUGAGAGACGACGGCGUUACUUGCUAUGAAUGGAAGUCGGCUUGUUGGUAUUGCGCGACGUGGCAGAAUCCUGCAGACGUCAUGUUUAACAAAGACGCGUACACGGAGAAGGAGGGCGAAAGAAAACCCGAGGCCUCGAAAACGUACAUGCGCAGAGAGCACAUCGCCAUUCAAAGCCUACUCGAACGCAUUGGAAAAGACGGCUUGAAUCUCUAUUUGGUACACAAUAGAGUUAUCAAAACGGGCGCAUGUUGUCGUGACGAUGGCGAGAGGCAUCGUCGACGACUUGAUGCUUCGAUAAUCGUCCACACCCGUUCAGAAGAAGGUGUCGACGGCGAGGGGGCUCCGAUAUUAAUUGGUUUAGAGUGCGACGAGAACGGUCACAAGUCGUACGAUAAAAAUGAUGAAGCAAAACGAGUCAACGAAAUUCAAAUGGCGUGGGGCGUCAACGCCAGCGUUUAUUUGCGCUUCAAUCCGGACGGAUACAUUCCGUGUGGCCAAACUACGAAACGAACUGGAUUUUUCGUUCGUAAAAAUGAGGACAAGAAGGAAAUAGAUUACCGUCUCGACGUCGUGUGGGAGAAGUUGAAAGAACUCGUUACUCACAUCCAAACGCAUGGACCGCAAGACUCGUACGAAAGCGUCUUUCUCUUUUUCGACGGCCAUAAUGACGAGGAUUUCCGGAAGAGAGAUUAA